CGCGAGUCAUACGAGUGCGCGAGAGGGGCGCGCGUGCAUACUACUGUUUACUGAUAACGGCUCACGACGAAAGAGCUGCAUAAAAUCUCCUGCGCAUCAGGGAUGAAGAAGAUGUAUGGCGUCGCGACGUGACUAAAUAUGAAGAAAAAGGAUGCAUAAUGCGCCGCAGUAGACCCGGGCAUAUAUAAGAAUAUUCUUGCAGUUUUCUCACAAAGACUACUGCGAAGGAAUGCAGUCAUGAUGAGAAAUGCAUUGAACUUGAUAGACCACCAGCGUUUCGUUUGCAAGAACCGCUUCGGAAUUUGCGAUGUAAACAUGCAGCGGAUGAUAAACAGGCAGAGAUCUCCCUGAGAGCAUCUCACAGCUGAUACUGGGCUGUGCUGAAGCGCAUCUUUGUUUGGUACAGAUCGCCCAAACUUCCACAAUGGCUCUGGUCAUGGAACCAGUAAGCAGGUGGUCGACAAGCCAGGUAGUCGAUUGGAUGAAAGGUUUGGAUGACUGUCUUCAGCAGUACAUUAAGAACUUUGAGCAGGAGAAGGUGGGAGGGGAACAGCUUUUGAGAAUCACUCACCAGGAGCUUGAGGACCUAGGUGUUUCUCGAAUUGGCCACCAGGAACUCAUUUUGGAGGCAGUGGAUCUGCUCUGUGCACUGAACUACGGGUUAGAAACGGAGAACCUGAAGACCCUCACCCAUAAGCUGAAUGCAUCGGCCAAGAACCUGCAGAACUUCAUAACAGGUCGGCGGAGGGGAGGUCACUACGACGGCAGAGCCACUCGAAAACUUCCAAACGACUUUCUGACUUCUGUAGUGGACCUCAUCGCUGCCGCCAAGGGCCUGCUGGCAUGGCUGGAUAGGUGUUACUUCUUCAUCAGGUCUCCGUUUGCUGCUGUAGCAGAUUACUCCAUGACCAGAAAUAAUGUCAUUCAGCUGUGUUUGGAGCUCACCACAAUAGUUCAGCAGGAUGGCACUGUUUAUGAGACAGAAAAUAAGAUACUGCAUGUGUGUAAGACACUGUCAGGAGUGUGUGACCACAUAAUUUCUCUCUCUUCGGACCCUACGGUGUCCCAGGCCGCCCAUUUGGAAAUGGUGCAGCUGGAUAACAUAAGGUCCACUGAUGGAUUGGGUAUGUACAUCAAGUCGACCUAUGAUGGCCUACAUGUCAUCACGGGCACGACAGAGGGAUCUCUAGCUGAUCGCUGUAAAAAAAUACAUGCUGGUGAUGAGGUCAUACAAGUCAAUCAUCAGACAGUGGUGGGCUGGCAGCUGAAGAACCUGGUAAACUCCUUACGUAGUAAUCCUGCGGGCGUGACCCUCACGUUGAAGAAACGACCUCAGAGCACUCUCACAUCAGCCCCUGCCUUACUGAAGAACAUGAGAUGGAAACCCCUCGCCCUGCAGCCCAUCAUCCCACCAAGCCCCAGCAGCAGUGGGGCCACACCCUCCAGCACCCUCAGCACCCCAUCCAGGCGAGACAGCUGUGCUCUUCAGGAUCUCUACAUCCCCCCUCCACCAGAUGAGCCAUACACACCAAGAGAAGACGUUGCGAAUUUGCCUGACAAUGGCCAGCAUGCUGCUAAAGGUUCUGAGUCACCCAACUCCUUCCUGGAUCAGGAAUGCCGGAGACAUUUUCCUCAUCUGGAUGAGGAUGCGGUCCUGUACUGUUAUGAAUAUGAUCAGAAUCAAGGACCCCCACCUGUUCGCAGAGACAGCACACCUACAUACGGACGGUUGAGGCCUAUUUCUAUGCCGGUGGAGUAUAACUGGGUGGGAGACUAUGAAGACCCAGCCAAGCUAAAAAAAGAGAUCAGAAGAGAAAAUUCUCUGAUGAGAUAUAUGAAUGAAGAAAAGGCGGGGUCAGAAGAGUACCACACAGGACAUCGCAGCAGUAGGCGGAGUAAAAGGAAGAGUGAGAAAGGUUGUAGCCCCGCCCACUAUGCCUUACUCCCUGCCAUGCAGAUGGAUAUGCUGCAACAGGACUCUUUGGCCACACCCACAUCUGAAACCUCUUCUGUCUAUCUUACAUUCGAUCGAACAUCAAUGCUCUCCCGAUCGAAGAAAGCUAAGUUAAGAGUUGGGUCGCUGCCCUCCAUCAGUAAGCGCCGAAUCUCCUGCAGGGACCUGGGUCAGGGUGACUGUGAGGGCUGGCUGUGGAAAAAAAAGGAUGCAAAGAGCUACUUUUCACAGAAAUGGAAGAAGUACUGGGUCGUGCUGAAAGAUGCAUGUUUGUACUGGUACAUAAAUGAAGAGGAUGAGAAGGCAGAGGGGUUUGUCAGCCUACCUGAGUUUAACAUUGACCAAGCCAGUGAAUGUCGCAGAAAAUUCGCUUUUAAAGCUUGCCAUCCUAAGAUCAAGAGCUUCUACUUUGCUGCAGACAAUGUGGAUGAUAUGAAUAGGUGGCUCAGUCGUCUGAACAUGGCUGCGACGGCUCACAUAGAGCAGAAGAGGAUUCGACAGGAUCAUGAUUACUGGAGUGAAAGUGACCACGAGGAUGCUGAUCACAUGACUCAAGUGAUCAAACAGGACAGCCCUCCACCUCCUUACGACACUUACCCACAUUCUGCCUCUCCAAGUCCAUUCCAGGAGCCCAAAUACAUCCGGCCACCCUCCACAGAGACCGUCCAAUCCCGGUCCCCACACUCCGAGAAACAAGGCGGCAGUGUAAGUAGUGCCAGCUCACCGGGUCGCAAGUCUGCCAGUCAGCGCCGAUCGUGGCAGGACCUCAUCGAGACCCCGCUCACCAGUUCCGGCCUUCAUUUCCUGCAGACUCUGCCUCUGGACGACUCCGUGUUCAUCGAUCCCAACCAAUCCGUGCCUGUGGAAAUACGUCGUCAGUCGACACUACCCGCCCAUCACGGAUUACCACCAGAGCGCUUCGUCCUGCCCACCACACCCACCCAGCCCAGUCAGAAACCUAUCACAGCCUUAGGAGGAGAUAGGUUUGGAGGAGGUGGAGGCAAGCAUCGCAGUUUCACCUUACCUCGUGAUAGUGGUCUUCAUGCUAUUCUCGCCGCUACAUGUGCAGCCGAACAAGCAGACGCACAGCACUACCAGCUGGGCCGGUCCCAUUCCAAAAGAGAGACAGGUUCAGAGCGGGUGCGCAGGCACCAGGCAGAUUCAUUGGUGGAUUUGUACAGGGCCUUGGAGAGGACUAGUCUAUCGCCUGUCAAUGAGCACAGGUCUUCUUCACGCUUGGAGUACAAGCGAUCAUUCGUCCGUCGGUGCAACGAUCCAUUACUCAAUGAGAAACUGCACCGCCUGAGGAUCCUUCAAAACUCAUUCAAGGACAUUCCUCUUCAAGAGGCGGAGACAAAGAUAAUUCACCGGGAUGUGUAGCUCAGAGAGUUACAGCAAAAGAGCACAGCAGGGCACCAGUCCUUUUUAGCCAAAACUUGUAAAAUUAUCCAAUACACUACUCCUCUUCACCUUAGGCCCUGUUUACACCUGGUAUUGGUCGAUCAGAUCACAAGUGGAUGACCCUAAUUGUAGUUCUAAACGUAGGUUCGAGAGGAGCCUAAACAUUCAGGUCUGCCAAUCAUCAUUAUGGGCGUAUAUAAGGCUGCCUUCAGGCCACCGGGUCCAGCUGUAAUUUUUACGGCAUCCCUCCACCUCAGAAGUUGCAGAGCUCCCUUUGAGGACGCAAGCCAAGUUUGUUUACAAAUAAUCAAUAGGAUCUGAAUGCACAGGCGAACUAUUGAAAGGGGGUUUAAAUGGGGUCUAAAAAGUUUUAAGCAUGUCCACUUUCGAUCACAUUCAGAGGUAUUUGAAAACACAUUUGCAUGUGUUUGAAUGUGUUCGAGCAGCCACAAAAGACCGCCUCUCCACCUUUUUCAUUUUUGUUUCAUUUUUCGAGUGUAUAAAAGGUUUUUCGUCCAUUGCUCUGAAAUAUCUGAGAGCGCGCUUACAUGUACAAAACUUUGUCCAGCAUGUUUACUAACAAACAAGUAGUGGUACUUUGAUAUAAUUAUUAGUGCGCAUCUAUUUAACCCAUCAUUUCUCCCGCACGUGUUUUAAUGAAAGCAGAGGGAGUCGCUCACAGGCCAUCCCCUCGAAGUAAUCAAAACAGAAGUGAUCGAAAGUUUACUAAAGAAACGAUUAAAACACCAGGUGUGAACGUGAAUGUGUCUCAUCGUCCACUUGUGAUCCGAUCAUCAACCAAAAUCGCAUCUUAAUACCAGUUGUAAACAGGGCCUUUUCUUCUUUUACCAAACUUCUACUUAUUUCUACUUUUUCUCUGUUUCAGCGUUUAUAAAUUCUGAUAUUUUUCUCUGUUUUCUUAUUGCACAUGCUAACAUUGGCAUCAUUUUGUCUGUGCAGUCAUGUUUCGAACUGCUGAAUUAUGUGUUUGUAAUAUAAACUAAAAACUGCACUUCCAAUGAACUCUACUUUAAUGUAGUGUCUCAUAACAUACAGGGAAAGAAUAAAACUACUGAUAUAAAUUACUUUGUAAUUCGGACUUGCAUGGCCAUUGUUUUUUAAUAGAUUUUCUAUGUUUGUUGUUUGUUUUAAUGGUCUCUCAACUGACUUUGAGUGUUAGUUUUGAGUUCAUUGAAACUAACAUUUGUCAAUGGUAAAUAUUAUCAUGACUGAAAGAGAAGAACUGACAGGAUACAGUAAUUGUGGGUCUGUGUGUUGAAAGCAGUGUUUCGUUGUAUAGAAUUUAUGUUGUAAUAUUCUGACAGUUUGCACCCCAGCUAUGGAAAUACCCUUUGUUGAGCAGCAAGGUACUUGCAAUAAUGUUGAACUAAAAUGAUUAAUUGGUUUAACACUGUCUAUUUUUGUAAGCAUGAUAUUUAUUGAGAUGUUUGUACAUUGUUUUGUAUUCUGGAUUAUGUGUUAUUUUAAGAUUUAAUUUAACUGCAAGUGUAAAUCCUUUAAUGUGUUCCUAAAAGAUCUUUAACAAAAACUUUCAUGUGAAAACAAAACACCAGUGUUCUAGUAUCUCCAGAAAGUAAUUUUAUCAAUAAACUGUUUGAUGUUU